UCAACCACGACAUGGAUCUCAGAAGUGAUAAACUUCAGGCAUUGUAGUCUAAGACUGAGCUGUUGAAAGUGUCACGUUAUCAUGAGCACGUCAUCUAUGGAACUACUGGAAGUACCUAACGGUACGGCUGUGAGGCAUGGGGACGAGGAUGUCGCAAAGGAUCACGGAAUUGCUGAGGACAACCAGGCGUUCAUUAUGGAAAUCCAGUCUAAACAGGUUCAAGAGCGCAUGCGCAAAUUGUCCAGCAUUGUUAUGGCAUAUGAAAACGAGAUACCAUCGGCAAAACCCGACGAAGACAACAGUAAAACUACAUACGGGGAACAUGAAGUUGACAAAGCCCAGAGGCUCAAUGAUGCUGUUCUGAAUGGCGACUACGUACUUGCCAAUAAGCUUGUUCAAGACAAGCAAUACCUGAAUAACCCGGACAGGUAUGGCCGGUCACCUCUUCAGAACGCAGUCGUCAAGAGCGACAUUAGGAUGGUAAAGUUGCUGUUGGAUGCCAGACCUGACAUAACGCAUAAAGAUGACCGGGGUGAUACCAUCAUGCAGUUCGCGGCGCGAACUGGAAACGAGGCCAUACUCAAGAUGCUGCUUCACAAUGCCGAGUGCGAUGUGAAUGAGCCAGGAAGCAGUGGACUUACAGCGUUACACAUCGCCGCUAUGCUAAACAAGCCCAGUCUCUGUAGAAUUUUGCUCGAGCGCAACGCCAAGUUUGACAGUAAAGACGAGGACUUUAAGACUCCUCUUGGUAAAGCCAUGGAGAACGGCGCUGCAGCGGCCGCUAAUUAUCUAAUCGAGUACUUGAAAACAAGAAAAAUAAGCCUCGAAACAUUUUUAUACAACGCUGACAAGGACGGCAGUACUCUUUUGCAUCUAGCCGUGGAUAGCGGUUUCACUAAGGUGGUUCAACUAUGCCUGGACAACGGGGCAAGAAUCCGCCAGCCUAAGCGCGGUGACCGAAUGACCGCAUUCCACCUUGCGUGCGAGCAAGGGUCAACAGGCAUCGUACAGCUGCUCAUCCAGCACGACCCAGGAGUGGCUAAAAUCCUCUUGAUUGACAGCCGAAGCUUCGCCCCUCUACACAUGGCCGCCCAGAGCAACAACGUGGAAAUCGUGAAAAUGCUAGUGGGAAAGCAAGCAUCCGUGAACACGCGUAACCAAGACAACAGAACGCCACUGAUGCUAGCGGCCAUGUGUGGGGCGGCCGAGACGGUGGAGUACUUGAUGAAUAGCGACGCAGACACGACAGUCAUCGAUGUAGACGGCAAGACUGCGCUCUCUACCGCCGUGGGGCACCCUACCACCAUGGAAGUACUACUUAAGGACCCUGCGCUGGUCCCAUUUCUUACCGAGAAAGAUUCGUCCGGAUAUGCACCGCCACACUACGCCGCACUUAAAGGCGACAUUAAGAGUAUUCGUUUGUUUUUAUCACAUAACAAGUCAUCGGCCACUGUGCUGUCCGACACACAAGACACGCCCCUCCAUGUCGCCGCCAGAUACGGUUACCAUGACAUCGUGCGUGCGUUGCUUGAGAAACAAGGCUCCAAGAUCAUCAACUUGAAAAACAGCCAAUCACGAACAGCUCUGCAUUACGCAUGCGGUGGUGGAUUCCACAAGGUGACCGCUGUCCUGCUCGAUUACGGGGCCACAAUCGAAAAGGAUCAAGCGAAUAGGACGCCACUUCACGAAGCUGCACGAAAAGGCUCCAGGAAAAACGUAGAGUUGAUCGUCAAAAGGCACAAGCAGUGUCUGAAUACCAUGGACGAAAAUAAGAACACAGCAUUACACGUGGCUACGAUACAUGGCCACGCCCCUUUGGUCUCGUACUUGCUGUCAAUCAGCCGACAAGAGAUCCUUAUGAACUCCUCCAACCAGAACAUUCUAGAUCAAGCCGUUGCCGAGGAUGAGACGGAAGUGGCGUUGGCGAUAGCUAGCCAUUUAAGGUGGCGAGAGAUCUUGAUGUCAUGCAAUGCGGGCGUUUUCAAUAUGAUGACCAAACUGGUUGAGAAGAUGCCUUCGGUUGCCGAGAGAAUUCUAGAUCAGUGCAUCGAGUACGAGGGCGAAGAAACAAACAAGGAUUUUAAGAUAAAGUACGACCUUAGCGUUCUCCUUUGCAAAGGAAAUCCAAAAAAUCCGAACCAGAAGAGUUCACUAGAGAUUCUCAAGACGAUCGCCUUCCAUCGGCGCGAGAGAUGUCUCACCCACCCUGUGUCUUUCACCGUGCUCAGCACCAAGUGGAAUGGAUUCGGGUGGGUGGCGUUUAUGGUAAGCAUCCUAGUGACAAUGCUUUAUCUUGUACCACUCUCCUACCUACACGUGCAGCUAGAAGACAAUGACCAGCGGUAUUGCCCUGAUCGGCUCAACGGUACUGAUGCUCAAGGAAAACCUAUCAAACUCCAAAAUGUGAAAACGUGCAUCAAAAAUAACCAGAAUAUGCAAAUCCUCCAGUACUUCAUGAUAGUGCUAGUCUCUUUACUUCUUCUGAAGGAACUCCAUCAGCUCGUUACCAAGUGGCGAAUCUACUUCACGUCUGCCACGAAUAUGAUCGAGGUCACAGCCUUCGUUUGUGCUUUGGUUUCCGUUGCUCCGACAUGUGAAUGCAAGUGGGGGACCCAGCGUGUGGCUGCCACCAUCGCUUUGUUCUUUGGCUGGAUCAGCUUGAUCUUGUACAUACAGAGGCUUCCAUCAUACGGGAAAUACGUCAUCAUGUUGUACAGAAUGUUCGUCACGCUGAUCAAGGUUUUGUUGCUAUUUAUUCUAUUCGCCUUUGCGUUUGGCAUCACCUUCCACCUUAUACUGGAUGUGGAGCCAUUCACGUCGCUUGGUAACGCGAUGAUGCUGAUGUUCAUCAUGAUGCUCGGUGAGAUAAACUACGUGGACACCUUCAUGCCGUGGACCAAGCUAGGACACCCCUACCUCGCAAACAUCCUCAUCGUACUGUUCUGUCUCACGAUGCCAAUCAUACUCAUGAACAUGCUGGUUGGUUUGUCUGUGGGUGAUAUCGACAAAAUCGAGCAGAGCGCGUUGAUUGACAGAUACGUCAUGCAGGUUGAGUUACUGAGUCUUAUUGAAGAAUCACUUCCUUGGUGGCUGUUAAAGAGAGUUCAGCGCUUCACCCACUCCGAGUAUCCCAACAGACCCCACUCCACCAUAAAAGGGGUGUUCAAUGCCGUUUUGGGGUUUGGGGAAGCUGAAGGCGAGCAGGAAAACAACGAUGACAACCCCUCCCCUAUGAUGAUGGCACUGCAGGAAAAACUAGACGAGCAGGCAACGGAAAUCGAGGACAUACACACAAUUAUCAAGAACAUCCACCAGAUGAUGAAAGAACGGGAAGAAAAGGAAGACAAAGAAACAAAAUCUUCCGAUAAGAAGCCGAACAUUCGGAUCGGAAAGCCAUUCGGAAGGCCGUCGUCAUUCGGCUCCAAGACCGAUGAUAAAUCGGAGUCACAAUCAUAAUAAUACAGCACAUUACCAUCCCAAGCACACUGUAUGAUGACAGGGAGGGGGGGAGGGGUCCGUGGGCGAGAGAAAAAUCGGAGCGAGCGGCCGGGGAGACUGGGGAGAAGGAAGCUCGCUCCCCUUUAGCGCAGCUACGCAGGCUAACUGUAUAAGGGAGCUCAUACAGCUCAUAUAUAUGGGACAUCGUUGUGGUGUUACUGGUAUAUCAUUCAUAUUACUCAUAUAUUUUAUUACUAAUUUUUCGCUGUUGUUUCUGUACAAGAAAUUAUAGGUAAAACAACGUUUCUAUCGCAUAACUUUUUAUGUUGAUCUAUGUACAAAAUUUACAUCAAGGAACUACUAUGCAUGACAAUCUCGUGUUACAAGCCUUAACGCAAAUAUAAAAAUAGUCACUGAUAGUCUUAGCUUCGAUUGCAGGGUUGUGUGCAUGUGUUGGCUGGACAUCACUUGAAAAAAUAAAAAAGUCCCGCUGUACUACUAACCGAACGUGGGGUGAGAUUCAACUCCUAUCAGUGUAUAUUCAUGGCUAUUGUAAAAUGUUGCAAAAUUUAAAAUAAAAAGUCCCUCUAUACUACCAA